AUGAGCAGGAGAUCAGAGGUAAGUAAAGAAGACUACUUCCACCUAGAACCUCUGUUGAACACAAUAGGCAAAUCAAAAUAUACCAGUGCACUCAAAGCUGCCAGUGUCCUGUUGUCCAUCAGAGUUGUCGGGAUCCAGGACCAAACCCUACAGCAACGGCUGCUCCAACGAAUCCAAGACAAUGGGGAAUGGAAAGUAGCAAAUUUAACCUCCGGACAGCUUGCCUUGAUUACAAUGGCUUUGGGAGCAUGUCAUAGCCAUGAUGAAAACUUUAUACAUGAUCAUCACCUGAUCAGCCAGCUAGAAAAUAAAUUCCAAGCAGAAAUUGAAAAUAUGGAAGCACAUCAUGACAGUCCACUGACUAGCUACUACCAGCUCAGCCUUGACGUGUUGGCCUUGUGUCUGUUCAAUGGAAGCUACUCAGCCACCAAAGUUGCUGAAAUCUUCUCUCCUGAAAAUAAAAACUUUUAUUUACAUGGCCAGUUCUCAGUAGGUACUGGUGCGAUGGCUGUCCUGGCUCUGACCUGCGUGAAAAGGAAUCUAACUAAUGCGCAGAGCAAAGCAGGUGAAAAGGACUUAGAGAGGAUCAGUAAUCAUACAAAGUCACUGGUAAAGAAGAUUCUGUCUCAGAAAAAAGAAAAUGGUCUCCUUGGGAAUGCAUUCAGUACAGGAAACGCUAUGCAGGCCCUUUUUGUGUCAUCAGACUAUUACCAAGAAAGUGAAUGGAAUUGCCGACAAACUCUGGACACGGUGCUCAACGAAAUUUCUCGAGGAACAUUCAGUAUUCCAAUUGCCGCAGCCCAGAUCUUACCUGCUGUGAUGGGAAAGACCUACUCGGAUGUUAACUCUUGUGUCUCUCUUUCAGGGUUUCCUUUGAAAAUUGUAAGGGCCUGUAACUCUUCCGCUGUUCCCCACAGUUUCACCAUGGUGGAGAGUGAGUGGGGCCCCUAUAUCACCUCUGUUCAGGGCCUAAAGGCCAACAGUAAUGACAGAACCUACUGGGAACUUCUGAGUGAAGGCGAACCAUUGAGCCAAGGAGCUGGUAGUUAUGUUGUCCACGAAGGAGAAAACUUGCAGGUCCGUUGGAGCACAUACUAA